AAAGCAACACAACAACAAUAAUUACUAUUACUGUACGGAUACACCAAGGAGGUAAUUAAGCUAGUUUGGCUAGGUAAGCUAAGCGCCCACUUGGCUCCUCUUCCUGGCCCUCUCUCUCUCUCUCUCUCUUUCUCUCUCUUUCGCCUAAGCCUCGUCGCGUCUCGCCUCGCCUCGCCUCCGCCCUCUCUCCUCUCUCUCUCUCUCUCUCUCUCACACAUUCUCCCUCUCUUUGAGCCAUUUGUCCAGGCCAUGACUGUUAUUGGGCCUGACUGGACUGGGACUGGACCGCUACUGGAUUGGAGCGCGGUGGUGGUGGUGUGGGUUUUCCAAAGAUCGAACAAGGGGGUAAUUAAAGGCGCCAGCCAGCACCAACACACACCAACAGGCUAUGCACGCAAUGGGCGGGAACACAGGGAAAUUGCCCCGUCCUCCACGGUUCCCCUCCCUCAGUCUCUCCCUCCCUCCCUCCGUUCCUCCUCCUCUCUCUCUGCUCUCUCUCUCUCUCUAUCUCUCCAUCUAUCUAUCUAUCUCUCUUAUCUCUCUUGUGUGGUACGGAUAUCGCCUAAGCAUUCGUUCCUUUUCCUCUAUCUCUCUCUCUCUCUCUCUCUCCCUCUCUCCCUCUCUGCCUGGUCACGGAGGAACAUGGGCAAGCUCGUCAUGUCCAUUGUGUUGUUCGCUGCCUCGUCGUCUCAGCCCACCCACAGCCGCGCUAAGCGUUCCUUUGGGAAUGUCCCGGAAAACUUGCAGUUGAGAAUAAGAAAAGAGAGAAAACAGUCUAAUACUUUGGGUUGCAAAGCGUUCCGCUGCAUCUGAUGUACCGACGGGACCCAACUCUUUACCCGUUGCGUCUCUACCUUGUCAAGCUGUGAUACAAGGUUGCCCCGUUAUCUUAAGGUUAAAUCCUCCCACAACUCCUAUGAACCAUUCAUCGGCAUUCGAUUGCAAUUUACAUAUUUGAGCAUGGCAAAGUGAAACGCCAUCACCAAACACCCCAAUUGGGAGCGGCUGGUGACCCGGUUAUUGCGCAUCAACCACCUUAUUCCGGCAACAAUGCACAUGCAGUUGAAGACUUUAAAUUAAGAUAUAUCAGCUCGUCAUCGAAAUAC